AGAGAUUAUACGAGUUAACGGCACACCAGCACGCAGAUUACGGAAUUAGCCGAAGAUAACUGGUCGUGUUUCUGGCAGCCGAGAUGUUGUGUUUGGAUUUUGUAUUUAUUUAUUUGUUGUGUCACCUAACUGUCCUUAAAUCAGUAUCUACAAGUUUUGUGGACGGAAAUUAUAAGGGUAACUACGAUGAAAGUAAAGCCCAAUGCGAAGGACUCGGUCUACAAGUCAUCAAACUAGAAACCCAGAAAGAUAUCGAGGAGCUCAAUAACUGGAUGACGAAGAACAAAGAAAUAGAGUAUGCGUGGUUGGGAAUGAGGUAUAUAGAGCCCGAGUUUAAGUGGUUUGAUGGAACGAGUUUGGCUGUUAGUAACUGGGACGAUGUGAACGAUGAUGAACCCGAUAAUUUAGAUACACAACAUUGUGCUAUGAUACGUCAAGUCGACUUAAAAUGGGACUCACGAACUUGUCAAUCAAAUUUUACAGCCGUUUGUCAAACAGUGACAGCCGUGAGUGAUGCAGACAAUGCCAAGCCAAGCAACGAAACAGCAUCAGACCAAACUAAAGGCGACACAUCUGUGAAUGAUGCUAAUCAGGUAGCCGAAACACAAGAUAAAGUAGGUACAGUUACGGAACCAGCAUCAGACCAAACUAAAGGUGAUACAGCUGUGCAAGACACAUUUGUGAAUGAUGCUGAUCAUGUAGCCGAAACACAAGAUAAAGCAGGCACAGUUACGGAACCAACAUCAGACCAAACUAAAGGUGACACAGCUGUGCAAGAUAGAGCAGAGGCAGUUACCCAAUCACCAGAUCUUAAUGUGAGAACAAUCGAGUUCGGUGUUUUUGCCAAGAAUCGAUAUCUCCAACAGACGCCGUUAUUGUCGAAAUCCAACACAAGUCUUGUUCAGUGUGCUAUAACCUGUUCACAUAAUACUCAGUGUUCUUAUUUUGCCAGUGAAGCAUCAACAUGUAAUCUAUAUCAAGCCACAGUUUCGCUAGAGAUGACUGAUAAGCGCGGUUCUUCGAUUUGGAAAAGGUCAUGAGCCUUCUUGGGACAAAAACACGAAUCUAAAUUUCGUGAUCCAAAACGGUGAGAGAUAAACGAGAUCUGUACUCUAGCUAGAAAUGUAGUUUUCGAUAGAAAUACGCGGUUUAUGACUUUGUCUAAAGAAAGGGUGAGUCACUGAACUUAGCUCAUCAAAGGAUGAAACAUUCAAACUCUUCAUUAGACUUUAGCCCACCAAAGAAUGAGACACUGAACUCUUCAUUAGAUAUUAGCUCACGAAAAGAUAAGGCACUGAACUUUUGAUUAAAUAUUAACUCACGGAAGGACGAGACACUGAAUUCUUAAAUUUUCUGUAACCGAUUGGAAUCCCCGUGUGGACAUUUUCAAGUCUGACCUGGUACCCAGCUUGUCCCGGUACUCCGUUUAACUCGGUACCCGGUUGGUUCGGGACCCAAUGUGGCUGGGUACGCAGUUUUGCUCGGUGCCAAUUUGAGUCGGUACCCAUUCUGGUCCGGUGCCUGUUUAGUUCGGUACCCGGUUUGUCUCGGUGCCUGUUUUACUCGGUACCCGGUUUGUCCCGGUGCAAGAUUGACUUGGUAAACGGUUUGCCCGGUACCUAUCUUUUCGUUAUUCUUUAAUUAUAACAGAAUGACAAUAACCUUGACGUUACAAAACGUCUUUACUAAAUAGGGGUCAAAACAUUAUAGGCGUGCUAAAGAAUUCAAGGGUAUUAACAACCAAUACCUAACUGCGUAACAAGAUCAUCUGGAUUUGAACAGACCACCAGAUAUGUUUACAUAACAUUACGGCAUGAAUCACGAAAUUUAUUACGCCCAAUUAAUCAGUGCAUAGUAGAAUAUUGAAGAAAAACUAAUUGCGUGACAAACGAGGCUCGCAAAACGGCAACAAUCUAAACAAUACUGCUUGGAGACGAACAUUACUUCCGCCGUUUUUAAAACCUUAAUCACUGUCCAAAGUUUUAGGGAAGUUCCCAGAUUAAACGAAGGGCUGUCAUGUUGCUGUACUUCGGAGAGAUUUGAUUGAACGGGAAGAAUAGACACAUUCCCUCAAAAGCUCAAGUAUCAGAAAUCAAUCCAGCAAUGGCCAUUGAUUCAGGAAUAUGAUCAGACCAAGCUACUACAUUUUCUGAUUUGACAUUUAAAGAUACAUUAGUUAAGAAUUUAAUAAAGAGUUGGCCAUUCUUGCUAUAAUAAUUCAAAAAUAGAAAAUAUUGAAAAUUUCAGUUCACUUACUUUAUUCUUAACGGAGUUGCCACUGUUGACAGUUCGGAUUAGAAAUAGGCAUCAGCUGUGUCCGCACCGUUUACGAGAAUUGUCGAUCGUUUGAUUGACAGACGAUAACUCUACCCACAUAUUCUCGAUUAUCAAGUAACAUUCUCAAUAGCUAUGGUACCCUCGCUUGGUAGGCCUUUCAAAACCCGUUUCCGGUGGUGACGUCAGUAACUAACGGUAAACGUUAGCUUGGUCGGCCAUGUCUUGAUUUUAUUUUAAAUGGGCGACUGUUUAAAUCCAAGCUGUACCCAAGCCAUCCGAGAGUAUACAGGGUUGAUUUUGAGCUUGUCAUGUAAAUAAA